UUACACACACAUACUUGUAACAGCUUUCUUCUUCUUCUUGAGGAAGCGCUGAUGAAACAUUGGGCCUAGUUUUCUACACAAUUACAGUUGUUGCCACUGAGGGGAAUUAUUUCGGAGGAAGAAAUGGCGACGACCCAAAAUAGACGUAAUUCAGUUUCGAGUGCGGUGGCAAAGCGGCAAGCGAUGGCGGAGAAUAAUCACGGGAAAUUGCCGGCGGGUGGGGCCAAGAAACGACCAGCCCUCACUAAUAUCAGUAAUCAUACAGCUGCUUCCGCUCGUAACUCGCUCUCUCACUCCUCCAAACUCGCACCAUGUACAUCUAAGGUUGUAAGCAUUAAGAAGAGCAAUAGUAAUGCAGCUUCCUCAGUUGUGCCAACAUCAUCCUCCUUUGUCAAACCAAUCAGCAAAACUGUGUCUCUUCCAAGAAGUGAUGCAGUUGUCCCUAAGAUCACUGCCAUUCCUCUUCCUGCCACUAGCAGCAUGGACAUUUCUCCGUCUCACUCGGACGGAUCAUCAGUCUCCAUGGAUGAAUCUAUGUCAACUUCUUCCGACACACUGAGAAGUCCAGAUGUUGAGUACAUUGACGACAACCAAACAGCUGCAUUUGAUUCCAUUGAGAAGAAGGCGUUUAGCACCCUCUACAUCUCAGAAGAUGUUAAAGCAGCAGAUAUAUGCAAGAGGGAUGUACUCGUAGACAUGGAAUUAGGGGAUAAGAUUGCCAACAUUGAUAACAAUCUUGUUGAUCCACAAUUAUGUGCUACAAUGGCCUGUGACAUAUACAAACACUUGAGAGCCACAGAGGUAAAGAAAAGGCCUUCCACAGAUUUCAUGGAGAAAGUUCAGAAGGACAUAAAUGCUAGCAUGCGUGCUAUCUUGAUUGACUGGCUUGUUGAGGUUGCCGAGGAAUACAGGCUUGUCCCAGACACAUUGUAUCUGACUGUUAACUACAUUGAUCGAUAUCUCUCUGGCAAUUUGAUGGACAGGCAACGAUUACAGUUGCUUGGAGUAGCUUGCAUGAUGAUCGCAUCCAAAUAUGAGGAGAUCUGUGCGCCUCAAGUAGAAGAAUUCUGCUACAUAACAGACAACACUUACUUCAAGGAGGAGGUCUUACAAAUGGAGUCUACCGUUUUAAAUUACUUGAAGUUUGAAAUGACAGCCCCAACAGCCAAAUGUUUUCUGAGGAGGUUCGUUCGUGCUGCUCAAGGACUUAAUGAGGUUCUGUCACUGCAGUUGGAACACUUGGCCAGCUACAUAGCAGAACUCUCUCUUUUAGAGUACAACAUGCUUUGUUAUGCUCCAUCAGUCAUUGCUGCUUCUGCAAUUUUCUUAGCCAAAUAUAUUCUUCUCCCCUCAAAGAAACCUUGGAACUCUACCUUGAGGCAUUAUACUCUGUAUCAACCCUCUGAUUUACGAGACUGUGUCAUGGCACUACAUAGCCUUUGCUGCAACAACAACAAUUCUAGUUUACCAGCAAUCAGGGAAAAAUACAGCCAGCACAGGUACAAAUUUGUUGCAAAGAAGUAUUGUCCUCCAACAAUACCUGUAGAGUUCUUCCAGAACAUAAGCUGCUAAGCAGAGAGGAGGAGGCAUCAACUUCACUCUUCCAAUUCUCUGUUGGAUUCAAUUCAAGGCAUUGGCAUCAACUUCAUUUCAACGGUGCUUCAUUCGUCACAGAUCAAGCCAUCAACUUCUCUUUGCAUGGCCAUAGGAGAGCAUCUUUGUUGAUAUUCAUUUAACAUUGACUUUGCAGGAUUAGUCUUGUUUACCCUACUUUUCUUCUCUAGUUUAGAUUCUCUAGUCAGUGUGUGUACAGAAGAGCUGUUGGCAGCUCCCUUAACUCAGAAACUAUUCAGUAAUUCCUUCUCAGGAACUAUUGCAGUUUUAA